GGUUCCGCUCCGCAGCAGCGGAGACAGGACCCCCGGGAGCGGGACCCUGGAGUCUGAUCGCCCAGCUCUGUUUAGGCUUAGGCCCGCAUGGAGGGGGCUACAGAGUCCCAGACGCCUGAUCUGCGAGACGUGGAGAGCAAAGUGGGCAGGAAGACCCCUGAAGGGCUGCUCCGAGGGCUUCGAGGCGAGCAGGAGCCGGGAACCUCUGGCGCCCUGCUGCUCCCCGGGGCGCCUAGCACGGGCCACGGCCUGGGGGACAAGAUCAUGGCGCUGAAGAUGGAGCUGGCUUACCUGCGAGCCAUUGAUGUGAAGAUCCUGCAGCAGCUGGUGACUUUGAACGAGGGCAUUGAGGCGGUGCGCUGGCUGUUGGAAGAGCGGGGGACGUUGACCAGCCACUGCAGCAGCCUCACCAGCAGUCAAUAUAGCCUAACAGGCGGGAGCCCAGGCCACUCAAGACGAGGCAGCUGGGACAGCCUGCCAGACAUCAGCUCCACUGACCGGCUGGACAGUGUCUCCAUUGGCAGCUUCCUGGACACUGUGGCCCCCAAUGAAAUGGAUGAACAGGGCUCCCUUAGGGCUCCCCAUCCUGAGAUGGAUUGGGCAAAGGUUAUACCCAGUGGGGAGAGGGCCAGGACUGAGGUGGACCUGACAGCCACCAAGCUAGGGAGCUUGAGGGCUGUGUGGAAGCCCCCAGAUGAGGGACUCCAAGGUGGACCUCCUGAGCCACCAGAGGAUGAAAGUGCCAACCAGGGCUUUGAGGUCCACUGGUACUGGGGACAGUGCCAGGAUGAUGUGACCUUCCUGUAACAGCAUUUCCACCCUUUUGUAUUGCUGUGGCUCUUUCUUCACUAGGCCCUGGUCUCCCUUGAAAUUUAUUCUCCCUCAAUCUGGGACUAGGAAGAAACUGCAUUGAAGUCA